AUGGCAGAUCAAAAUGUUUCCAGUAGCCAACAGAGCCAGGACCUUAUGACAAUCAAUGAAGUUGUGAAUAGUGGUCCGGUACAACAAACAGGUGGCACUAGCACAUCUACAAACAACGCUCAUAAAGCCUCCAAUCCAAAUAUACCCCCGCCAAAAACCGAGAAGCCUCGGCCACAUGUUUGUGGAAUCUGUACGCGGUCUUUCGCACGCUUAGAGCAUCUCAAACGCCAUGAGCGAUCGCAUACCAAGGAAAAACCAUUUGAAUGCCCAGAUUGCACGAGAUGUUUCGCAAGAAGGGACCUUUUGUUAAGGCACCAGCAGAAACUACACAUGACUACCACGCCUUCAUCUCGUCCACGUAAUGUUCGAAGGGAAAGCACAAGUAGUUCUACGCGUGUUAGAAAAAAUUCGAUUGCAAAUGGCGGGAACAGCAUGAGACCAAGAGCCAAUACUAUCAGCCAUGUGGACCGCCCAGCUUUGGGAGUGGUGAACACCAGCGACUCGUCAAGGACGCCCCAGGCUGGACAUGCCCAUCACCCAAGUCUCAGCUCAGUACCAAGUAUGCCCGGACUCGACUUUCGCGGGAUGCCUUCGGAUAACCGUCAUCCUACGAUGAACGGUCUUACUAAGCUUGAUACCGCCGCUAUUCCCUUGAAUUUAUCGGAUGGUCUUCGCACUGCUCCAGCUUUUGGAAGCUUUGGCACAGAUUUUGGACUUGGAGACAUGAUGAUGGGCCAUGGGAGCACAAUCAAUCCAGCCCAGUUGCAUUUCUCUGGUUCACCUAAUGGAUUCCUCGAUACGCCUACCUCGCCUUUCACUCCCGCAUUUUCGAAUAUGCCUGCUGCCCGGAACCUUUACGAUGAUGACAUAAAGUACGACUGGAUCAACGGCUUUGAUAAUACAAUGAAAUUAAGUGCGAACGAAUCCGCCAUUGACAAUUCUUCCCCAUCGGCAAUGAGUACAGGAAGCCCUGGUGGUAUCAGUGCAGAUAUCUUGGAUACCUCCAAUCACGUUAUAACCUCCUCUUCAGGACCCUGGUCAAACACAUUGCUUUCUCAUAGUCAGCCAAGCCAAUUCGGGCUGGAUUUCCCUCAAACCACUUUCCAAGAUCUUUCCGGCCACACUGGAACAGUGUCUCCAAAAUCGCUCCUAAACCCUGUCCCCGACCAUUCGUUCUCAACGUCACCAUCUCUAGCAUCGAUGGGAGGCUCGACCCUUUCUAACAUACCCCACAAUAUGUUUCACAAUGCUGGAACUUCAAAUAAUCCAGGAUACGAAACCAACUUCAUGUCUCCAGCGUUACCGGCGUAUGCUAACACCAUCACGGACUCAACGCGACAAGCUCUCAUGGCAGCAUUACAGCGACCGUCAAGUUUUACGAGUCGCCGGUACUCGCAACCAGCAUCUAACUCAGCAUUUUUGCCUGGAAAUAUUCGGUUAGCUAUGUUCGAGAGCAGCUCAGCGGUGCUGCCUAGUACACAUGACCUUCAGCGUUAUAUUUCAGCCUAUAUAACUUAUUUCCAUCCUCAUAUGCCGUUCCUCCAUAUCCCAACCCUUGAUUUCAAGGCACCGGAACACGCGAACAAAUUCAAAACCGCUAAUGGAUACGGAAAUGCAAACUCUUCCUAUCCUCCCGGAGAUAGUGGCUGUUUGCUCCUAUCCAUGGCAGCUAUUGGUGCGUUGUAUGAGUUUGAAACCGCAACCUCGAAGGAGUUGUUUGAAUCCGCAAAGAAAAUGAUUCAAUUGUAUCUCGAAGAACGGCGGAAAGCGGAUUUGGCUGUUCUCAAUCGCUCGAGUUCCGGGCGCGACAAUUCAGUGCAAAAUACUCCCUUAUGGCUUGUUCAAGCAAUGUUACUCAACGUCAUAUAUGGUCAUAACUGCGAUGAUAAAACAGCAGCGGACAUUGCAAGCACCCACUGCGCAGCGCUGGUAAGUCUUGCGAGAGCCGCAGAGCUCACUCACUAUCACCCUCCGGAGAGCCUCCUGGCGGACCAAUUCGGGUUUUCGUCAACUGGAAUUGAUGGGAACGGCUAUGGUGAUUGUUGGAACGUUCAGUCACCAGACAUCUCUCCAGAGAGAAGAGAAUGGCUAAAGUGGAAAGUGGUGGAAGAGCGAAAACGGACUCUAUAUUCGAUUUUCACCUUAUCGAGCUUAUUGGUUUCGGCUUACAACCAUGCGCCUGCCCUUACUAACUCGGAAAUCCGCUUAACUUUACCGUGCGACGAAGAAAUCUGGGCCGCCGAUUCUCCAGAAGCGUGGAUGUCGUUAGGUGGCGAAGUACGAACAGAGCAAACUGCGAUUAAAUUCUCUGACGCCCUGAAGUCACUUCUUGUCGCCGGACAACAUAAUCCUCAAGCGCAUAACCAGUUUGGGGCUGGUAAGCAGAUGGACGGCUUAUCUCCUUCUGAUCUUACCCCGAGCACUUUUGGAUGUUUGGUCUUAAUACAUGCCCUUCAUAAUUAUAUCUGGGAGACACGCCAGCAGCAUAUGGGGAAACAAUGGACGAGCCAGGAAACUGAAGCUCUACACGUGCAUAUUGAACCUGCUUUCCGAGCGUGGCAAACCGCAUGGGGCAGCAAUCCCAGCCAUAGUUUGGAGAGGCCAAAUCCGUAUGGCGCGGGUCCGUUAUCCGCAGAUAGCAUACCUCUUUUGGAUCUUGCUUAUGUUAGGUUAUAUGUCAACUUGGGUCGAUCAAGAGAGGCAUUUUGGCAACGUGAUUGGAACGGCAUGGUUGACGAACUCUCCAGAGCUGCGGAGGUCCUCCAGCCGUCAGAUGGAAGCCCUAAUUCUGAAUUUGGCCAAGAAUUAAUGUCUGAAUUCAAUAACUUGGAUGUCGGAGUUGGGAACGACCCUAAUCUAGAAGCAGCUUAUCACACAGCCUCCAGUCGUCGAGCAAAAUCUUCGAAAUGUGAACGACAUUUGCGGAAGGCUGCAUUUUAUGCGGCAGAUUCCAUCAGCAUGGCGGACAAAUUUGGCAACACCUUCAUUGAAUUCACGUCUCGGGAACUUCCACUUCAAAGCGCCAUGUGUCUAUUUGACUGCGCGCAAGUACUAGCUGAGUGGAUUAGUACCGUUCAGGAGCGCGUUGGGCCUUACCUAGGAAUCCUUGGCCAAGUUCCGAUGGAUUUAACACAGGUUCCGGCCAUCAUGCUUUUGGAAGAUGAAGAUUAUAAAUUGAUUCGAAAAAUCGAGGAUAUCCUUCACAGCGUUGAAACGAAGAUGAAAGACUGUGCUCCGAGCCCAUGUUCCAGCAGUGGCGAAGCAUGGAAUUGUUUACCCAGCUUGAUGGAAGGUGGCUAUGCAAGCAAGAUCUCACUAUCGAUAGCUUAUCUGUUGGACCGUGCAGGAGUUUGGCCAGUGAUCAAGUUGAUGGUUAGCGCUCUUGAGGCUCAAGCACAGCGCAUGAGAGAGCGAGCGCAAAAUUCCCUCGCAGGGACGAUAUUUGGCGGCGCAUCUGGUGUCUAA